CCAAAACCUUUCGAUAUUUUCAUUAUAAAGUUCUUGACAACAACAUUGUGUCGUCAGUUUCCUACUUUGUCCUCAUGUUACAUAUGUUACAUCACUCUUCCAAACUCCUCUUUGGAACAUAACAUCCCAAGUUUAUUCCCUAUUUACUCACCAUUUUGCUUUUUUCUUUGCUCUUCUCUUACUAGAGUGUUUUUGUGUUGCAAAAAUGUAUAGAGAGAAUGGUCUUCUUUUCCCAUGGCCAUAUCUAAACAAUUGCUCUCAAGAGCUUCAUCAGCUUGAAGAGUACUGCAAAACUCAGAAGUUCAAUGCUUCAAUGAGUGACAUUGUUCAGUUUUCUGCGAUGUCCGAGUAUGAUUUUGCAGCUGAAGGAGAUUUGUUCAAAGCACCUGAACCAAUUAUUGAAGAGUCGGAGAUUGAUCCGGAUCUCAUGACAGCAGCCAUCUCAAUGAUAUCUUGUGACGAAGAUAUAAAAUCCACAGAUAUUUCUAUUCUUCAAAACGAACAGCUUCUCAGCGAUGUAUUCUACGAAUGCAAGAAAGAUCUCCUUGAAAAGACAGCUAUUGAGUCACCACUUUCUGAGAUUCUGGAAAUUAAAAUUCCUCUACUGAACAUCGAUGAGAAUUCAGUUCAAGAAAACAAGCCACUUCCUGAUAUUCCAUUAUUACCAAAGAGCGUCAGCUCGGGGAGUUUAAGUUCGAUGGAUUGGAUGCAUGGAUCUGCAAUGAAACCUGCUUUGUUUGGUGUCCCGGGAAUAGAUUUUGACGCGGUUUAUGGCAUGCGAAGAUCAUUUAGUGAAGGAGAUAUAAAGACUCUUGGCAACAGUAAUAAUAUGACCACGGUCCAAUCUUCCCGAGAGAGGCCCUUUUCUUGCAACAACGAGGAGCGCUUACAAAAGCUCUCUCGAUACAGGAACAAGAAGACAAAGAGGAAUUUUGGGAGGAAAAUCAAGUAUGCUUGUAGGAAGGCUCUAGCUGACAGUCAACCAAGAAUCCGUGGAAGAUUUGCAAAGAAUGAAGAAUGUGAGGCUAAGAGGGAAUGAUGUGAUCAAGAUAUUGAAUGAAGAUCUGAGCAUAAUGUGAUUGGAAAUGGAAAUAUGUGUGUAUAGACUUGGUGGAGGAGUUGUAUAAGUUGAACAAAUAAAGUAGAUGUUAAAUUUGUUAGGUAGUUCAUAUCUUCUAGGUCUAGAUAUGUAAAUAGGUUUGUUGAAUAAGAGAUGGGGGCAAAAAGGUGCUCUCAUCCCAUCACAUGUAUAUAUAUAUGAUCAAUGAUCAAAAUGAAUCAAUGUGUGUGAAAUUACAAUAUCUUGAAAAAUGUUAGGUGCACUUUUAAGAAACAAAGUUGAAUUGUAUGAAAUGGUGGGGUGGGGAAAAAGUGUAUUUA